GCCCGCAGCCUGUCGUGCUUCCUGCCUUUGCUGAGGGAAGGGACGGUGCUGACGGCUGGGAGGACGAAAGGAGAGACAAGAAAGCUUUAGGGAAGAUAUAAGAGAGUGGGGAACGGCCCGGGUUUCCACCGUCCGUCGGGAUAUUAACACCCCAGUUUUCUGUAGCUGCUGGAUUUGUCACCCAAUCGGCGCUAAAAAUGUCGUCCAGUCGUCAGCAUAGCGAGAGCUGGGCCAUCCCGACCAGGACGGUGUUGAUCAACGACACAACGCAGCUACCUCAUGACUAUUGUACCACCCCUGGAGGCACUUUAUUCUCGACCACUCCCGGAGGAACCCGGAUCAUCUAUGACCGUAAGUUCCUACUGGAAAAGCGUAACUCUCCCAUUGCCCAGACUCCCCCAGCCCACCUGCCUGUCAUCCCUGGAGUGACCAGCCAAAAAGUCCUGAGAGAGAACAAGAAGAACGAAGCCAACAACCACAUCAACAACCAUGAUGGCAAGCCCAAAACCGGUGAUGAUGCUCAGUUUGAGAUGGACAUCUAACAGACUGGAACGACACCAGCAAAAGCAAAUGACCUGGCAUCACCCGUGCCAGUGGCUUGGCUUGUAGAAACCAAUGUUGUGAGCCCUCAUGGCAGCCAUCUUCUUUAGCUCUCUGUCUCGCUGCUGGAUGUAAUGUGUGUAAACCAUGGGGAUUCAGUGUAUCAUACAUACCGGUACAGUGUGGCCAAUUCUGGAAACUGGGUUUAUUUUGUAAAGAUUUCCAUGGUUACCAGUAGCUGUACAAACCACACAAACAAGGGAGCACACCUGAAUAUUAUCCACCCAGACACAUCGUCCAAUUAGCAGAUCACAGUGCUCAUCUUACAGCUUCCUGUGAGUUCAGAUCUUUAACAGAGCACACGGUAAAACUGACAAUAUUCCAAGUUAAUUGGGGGAGGAAGUGGUCGUUCUUUAGUACUGGCCUUAGAAUCAGGAAAACGCUUUGAUAUUCAACACACUCUCUGGUUUGAAAACCCUUGUAAGCAUGUUAUUUAAGUGAUUUUUUCCUUCUUUUUUUUUUGGUUUUUGGAACUACUUGAAAAGCUCCACAAUCUGUUAUCGGUUGUUUGGUCUGUUUAGUUUCCCGUGAUGGUAUGCAAAGGGACGCAGUGUUUUUAUUUUGCGAUUGGGUAAAGAUUUCAUGCCAUUCCAAGACUUUGAUUUCCAGUACCAACACAAGUCUGUGUGAGUUUCCAAUUUUCAGGGGAGAACGUUUUUUAAAAUGGACUUUAGGCCGUGAUUAAAUUGUUCCGUAACAAUAAAAUGAUCCCAACAGUGGAGAACAUGCUUUCUUUUAGAAAUAGAAGACCUCUGCCGAACGCAAAUGUGCUUUAUCGCAAUGUUAACGAAAGCAGAAAAUAAAUUGCUCCGUGAUUCGGAUCCAUUCCAAAAUGUAAUGGGUUCGUCCAUUGCCCAUGGUACACACUUCCACCAAGUUUCAUGACCGUCAGGCCAGUAGUCUUUGUAUUCCUGCUAACAGACAAACAAACCGUAAGCAUAACCUCCUUGGCGGAGGUAAUAAAAUUUCAGCACAUUGAUAUCAAUAUCAAUAUGGAAUCAUCACUAUUGUGACCUUUCUGUGAAUCUUACUACAGAUUUCUCUGCUCCUGAGAAAAGUCGACACACUUUCCUCAAGAUUUGAUGUCACUUUGACCGAACUGGUUUGUUUUGUCGGCGCAAUUUUUGCGUUCGUAAUUUGAUAAAUCUUUAAAAAGCAUGUAAAACCCUUCAACAUCUGUCGGGUAAGUUUUGAAUAUUAAAUUAAUGCGGAAAUAUUCCAGUGGUCAUCUUUGGGUCAUGAGCAAGAUUUUUAGAAAAACUUGAAACUACCCAGAUGUUUUAUAUGCAUUUUAUUUUAUAAAACACUUUCUCAGUAUUGAGAGUAUUCGUUUGGGUAUCAGUGCUGUCGAGCCUUUGGAUUUGUUACCAGAAGACCUUGUUUGCAUCAGGCUAGAUGGAUGCUGUUCCCUUAAUCUACAGAUCUGUCCCCAGUGUCCUUAAUCCAUUACCUUAUUCUCUUCAUGUGUCAUGUCUGUCCAUGCCUUACUUUACAUCAGAUGCAGUAAAACUAGAACUAGGUUCCUAGUCAUCAAUUUGUACUUUCCGACAGAUGUUUAUUUUUUCACUGUAACAUUGAACAGGUGACAUUGUUCUUGGCAAUUGAGCAAAACAGAAAAUUUAUAUGGUUUUAGAUUUAUUUUUCCUCCUUUAAGCAGCUGUGAAGUUUUGAAGUGUGAUGGCACACAUGGCAUUUUGGGAUUCUGAAGUUGGCGAUGUGGUUAAAAAAAAAGCCACACUCAUAGUCCUGUCUGCUAAUUGUGCUCUGUCCAAGUAGCAGCUCCUAACUUGGCAAAUGAAUCACCAUGAAGCUCCCGUUUUUACAUUCAAGUUUCAUUCACACCACAAGUUUGUUUCUCUGUAUGACUGGAACCACUGAAUGGCUGAAAUGAUGUCUAUCAAACAUUUUUUUUCCUUUUUUGGCUUUGUAAUUAAUUCUGGCCAUGUUUGGUGACAAAUACAUAGAAGGGGUUGCUUGAACCCGAUUUGCAUUGCACAUUUUUAGCGAUAAAACUCUUUAUAUUAUGGCAUCAUAAAUUCAGAUUGCGGAAUUAUUUCAAAUCAGUUUGGUUUGACAAUGAGGGCUUAACAUUGUGUGUUGAAAGAGAUUUGAAACAAACUUACUGUAACUUUCUGUUAUGAUUUUAAGUAACUUUAUUUUAAAUGAAACUCCAAUGCCAGUGGACACUGUUGCUGCAAGAUCAAUAAAGUUCCUUAACAAAGAAAACAA